GUCACUGCUGCAGCUCAAAACAUCAUGGCCACUCACCACCGACCGUCAGCCGGUCAGGGGAAAAAAAAGGUCCAGGUUUCUUUUGUAAUCCGAGAUGAAGUAGAGCGUUAUCACCGUUCUGGUGUUAAUGCCUUGCAGUACGAUCCCGUCCUUAACCGACUGUACUCAGCUGGGCGUGAUUCCAUCAUCCGAAUAUGGAAUACAAGAGCAAAUUCAAACAAGGAUCCCUAUAUCCAAUCAAUGGAACACCACACAGAUUGGGUAAAUGAUGUUGUUCUUUGCUGUGGUGGCAGAACAUUGAUAUCUGCAUCCAGUGAUACAACGGUGAAAGUGUGGAAUGCCUACAAGGGAUUUUGUAUGUCUACAUUACGAACGCAUAAGGAUUAUGUGAAGGCCUUGGCUUAUGCAAAAGACCGUGAACAAGUAGCCUCAGCUGGUUUUGAUCGGGCUAUUUUCCUAUGGGACGUCAAUACACUGACAGCUCUUACUGCAUCCAAUAAUACUGUCACAACUUCCAGCCUUAAUGGUAACAAGGAUUCCAUCUACAGUUUAGCGAUGAAUCCUCCUGGAACAGUCAUUGUAUCUGGGUCUACAGAAAAAAUUUUAAGAGUGUGGGAUCCUCGUACGUGUCAGAAAAUGAUGAAGUUGAAAGGUCAUGGGGAUAACGUCAAAGCUAUUGUACUGAACAGAGAUGGUACUCAGUGCUUAUCUGGCAGUUCUGAUGGUACAAUUCGGCUAUGGUCAAUUGGGCAGCAGGUGUGUAUGGCCACAUUCCGGGUCCAUAAUGAAGGAGUGUGGGCGUUGCAGGCUAAUGAAUCGUUUUCAGUUGUGUACUCUGCUGGCAGAGACAGACGUGUAUGGGCUACAGAUAUAAGGGACCCUGAAUAUCGGACAUUGAUAUGUGAAGAAAAAGCUCCUGUAUUAAAGCUUGAACUAUCUCAAACAGAUAACCAGCAAUCUUUAUGGGUUGCAACAACAGAUUCUUCCAUUUGUAACUGGCCAAUCAAGUCUCGAAACUCAAGGUGCUCAGGUGAUUACGAAAAUGAAAAGACAGUCCCUAUGUGUACGCAACCAGAUUUUACUAUCAAAGGUGGAGCCAGCAUACGUCAGUAUUAUGUUUUAAAUGAUAAACGACACAUUAUUACCAAAGAUACAGAUGAUAGUGUUAUUUUAUGGGAUGUUUUAACGGCUCGGAAAGUAGAAGAAUUAGGAAAAGCUGAUUUAGAAGAAGAAUAUAAAAAAAGGUUCAAAAUGGUUUAUGUACCAAACUGGUUUUCAGUAGAUCUUAAAACAGGGUUGCUGAUAAUUCACCUGGAAGAGUCAGAUUGCUUUGCUGCCUGGAUGUCUUCAAAGGAGCUUGGAAUUGCAACUCCUCCUGAUGGACCUGAUACAAAAUGUGGGACGACAGAUGACUCUACUGAUGCCUUAGUAGGAUUCCGGAAGCUAAAUAUUGGUGUAAUUCUAUUGCAAGCUCUAUUGGAAUAUUGGCCUCGAACUCAUUUUGAUGAUGGUCAAGAAAUGGACAUGAAUGGCAGUGAAUGUGUGGAGCGUCGGGGAACUGGUCCAUAUUUUAGUGUACCAGGACAUACUCCAGUUAUAUUUAGUGAGGCAGGGGGAAGGACCAUGUUUCGUUUACUUUGCCGUGAUGCUAGCGGAGAAACAGAGCAGCUAUUACUAAACGAAACUAUCCCACCAUGGGUAGUUGACGUGGCAGUAAAUAGAGCAUCUCCCAAAUUCAAUAAAAUUCCAUUUUUUCUCCAACCACAUGCAAGUAUGGGAAUAAAAUUACCUAAAAAAGACCGGUUGUCUGCCAGUGAUGUGAUUCAGGUUCGGAAAGUCAUUGAACACGUGUAUGAAAAGGUUCUUGGUCAGGGCUCAGAUGCAGGUUCUCAAACAGCAAACAGCAAUCAUGAGAAAAGUGAUGGAGAGAAAGACUCCGAAGAUGUAACUUCUAUCGCAGAGGAGAAAGUGGAAAUCCUUUGUAAUGAUCAGAUUCUUGAUCCCAACAUGGAUUUGCGGACAGUGAAGCAUUUUAUUUGGAAGCAAGGUGGAGACCUCAUAUUACAGUAUCGGCGUAUAAAAUGAUGUUUUGAAGCAGCAUUGAGCUUGGUGCUCCAACUUAUCUUCUCAGGCUGCACCUACACAUAGCAAGAUGUUUGCAACUGUUGUUUUGUUUACUCUUGCUAUAAAAUACUGCUCGCCAGAUGACAUUAUUUCGGACAUCAUUCGAUGCCUGGAACAAGUGUCGACCUCAGUGCCGAAGGGGUGUGGUAUUGACUAAAAUAAUUGAAGAAGAAACUACAGUAGCUACUUGUGGGUAGCUGGACAAUCAGAAACAACAAACUGCCAGCGUGUAAACUAUAUUGCAGGACUUUCUCAAAUCAAUCUGCACAGCAGCUCAAACUCUGUCGUGACCAAGCUUGUAAUGUGUGCAUAUCCUCAUAUCUGAAUGUAAACUGUUCCCUAGGCCAUUCUUAUCUUACUGAUGCUUUUACACUGUUAAUUAUUAUUCUGUCUAACCUCAGUCUCCAUUGGUAUCUCGUUUAGUUUAUACAUCUCGAAUUUGUCCAAGUGCAAAGAGAUGUUUCUUUGGCACUGAUGUUUGGUCAAUUUUAUAAGCUGUUUGCAAUGAAAGGUGUCUUGCCACUGACCAAUUCCUGAUGUGUAGUUGCAACUCUCCUCUUGUUGCUUCACAUAACUCCUAACACUAUUAGUGCCUGAAAAGCAGCAUAACUCCUGGCAUCAUAUAAUUUUUUGUUAGAUUCUUUUUUUUUUUUUUUUUUCUGUUCCUUUCAUAAUGGAUGCAAUAUUAUUCUCAUGGAUAAGACUAAAUAGACUGAUAUCCUUACUCUCACUGUAUUGCAUCUAUACAUCAUUUCUGGGUGGUCAUCCUGCAUAAAAAUGUGUAAGUGCGUGUGUAAAUAAGCGUGUGCUGGUGAAGAAAGAAGUGGAAAGGGCUUCUAGAAAUUUCCACUUUAUUCUUGUAGUAACAGUUAAGAGUAAGGAAGCAAAACGAGCAGGGUUACCUUCCUUAUCCAUGUCAUCCCAGAUGUCUUGUGGUAUGAGGAUUAUCCACUGCUGAUCUAGAUUCAAUGAAUGCAAACCAUACAUGAAUUAAUGAAACAUAGUUGUUGGAUUUUAUUUCGCUUUUUUUUUUUUUAUCAGAUUUGAAAUGAGCUGAUUAAUUUGGCUGUGCACUGUAAAGAUAACUUUUGACUGUGAUAGCAUCAAUUGGAACCAACCAUCAGGCUAUUUUGGUUCACCAAAUUGACUUCUGUCCUUUACUAAAGCAGUUUAAACUAAUAUGGCUGUUUUCAUUUCUAGUAUCGUUGUUGGCUUUUCUUUCCCUACCUUCUCUAAGUUAAAUCUAUUUUUUUAUACCUGUCAGCUGGUCAGUUGAUAAACUAUAUUUGAUGAUGGUUAAAUCAAGUUUGAGAUUGUUCAAAAGUCUUGCUAAUCUAAGUUUUCAUUUUCGGAAGGGAGGCAUACAAUCAGUGCUGAAAUAUAAUCAACAAUGCUCUCACACUUUCUUCCUUUUAGUAUCAUCAUCAUGAUCAUCAUCACCAUCAUCAAGGCCUGAAUGUUUUUUUUUAAUUGUUAUGGUUACAGCCUUUCCAGUAGAGGAGUCUGUUUACUAGCCUUAUUACCUUCCUAACCAUCAAAAAUAAGUUACAGUUGACUCUUAGUUAUUCCAGCAUUUUAUCUUCAAAUGAAUGUUAUUUUAAAUUACUUUUACCAUUUUUAUCUUCUUUGUUUAUUUCUGAUUGUCUGACAGAAGAAACUCAAUAAUAAUAAUAAUGACAAAUUCCCCAGUAUUUAUUGUUUAAAAAGGAAUUUAAUUCUUCUCUGUGAAGACAUUGUUGAGUGGUUUAGUGUUAGGAAAAGCAUUCAGUUUGAAGAAACACAAAAUCCAGAAAACCCAUACAUGUUCACAUUUGCAGAAAUAUCAAAUUGAUGCUAAAGAAUGGAGGAAAAAAAAAAAAUAAUAAUAAUGUAGUUGUUGAUGAUGGUGGGAUGGAAGGUGUCUGUAUUGGCCUACAUGUAUAACGCUGUCAGUGAUAUUGUUACAAAGAGGGUAUAUUUACAAAAUAGGGAAUCCUCAAACUUUCUGGACAGUCUAAUCUAGAGAGAUCUCAGUUAACCCCCUACAACAAAGGGGAGAGGGACUGGUUCGUGGGUUAAAAGCUUUAUUUUUUUAAUUGAAUCUAUAGCAAUAUGACUGGUGUUUCUGCAGUUUUCUGUUUUCUACUUUAAAGGAUUCCCCUGAUCCACCAUUCCUUAAUCUAGUGAAUGCAUUUAUGAAAAUACAGAAAAAUAAACAAAAAUAUUAAUGUUUAUUUAAGCCUGGUAAAGGGAUUAUCCUUCAAAUCCCCUUCUUGUUGAACACUUUAUACAUCAGUUGUUAAAUCUUCAUUUGCUCAGAAAACUGAAAAUUCCUCAGUUUCUUUAUGAAACAGUUUUGGCAUAUUGAUUUCAAUGAAAUCAAUAACAUAGCAAAAUACUAUUUUAAUAUUUUAUGUGAAUUUUUAAAUAAAUUCUCAGAACAAGCGAUUGAUUGAUAGUGUUUUUUUUUUUUU